GUGACAAAUGUUGAUGAUGAGGGCAAUGAGCUGGGCUCAGGGAUUAUGGAAUUGACACAGAGGGAGCUUGUUUUGCACACUCAUAAGCGCGACGCAGUUCGGUGGCCGUACCUUUGCUUGCGCCGCUAUGGCUAUGAUUCCAACCUUUUCUCCUUUGAAAGUGGACGUCGCUGCCUGACUGGACAGGGAAUUUUUGCAUUCAAGUGCUCAAGAGCUGAAGAGAUAUUUAAUUUGCUGCAGGAUCUGAUGCAGUGUAAUAGUAUCAGUGUGGUGGAGGAACCUGUUGUCAUUACAAGGAAUGCAGCUGAACUGGAACUAUCCCGGACUCCCCAGACACCCGAUAUCCCACACCUAUGUAAACACAGCCAGUGGUGAAGAUGAUAUAAGGGGUCACCAUUGUAUGCACUCCUUACCUGAAGUUCAUCCUGCGAUUGCUCAUUCCAACCAUAGCUGCUCCCUGGAGGACCGGAAUCCCCAGGUUUACCUUCAGCCAGGAGAAGUGAAGUUUGUUUUGGGCCCGAACCUGGGUUAUAGGCACAGGAUGAAAUGUGAUGGCUACUGUCGACCCUACUGGGAGUGCUCAAGGCAUUUCUGCACCCCUCACAACAACAACAAUGAUUACAAAGAUGAGUGCCUCGCCCCCAAGUGUGUUUAUGAAAACCUCAACGGUCUGCUGCCUUCUCGUGGAACCUUUCUUCAUCAGGGUAGCGGGCGCUUGAAAAUUCCUCGUGAGGACCUGAAUCCUGCCAGUUGCUCCCAUCGCCGGGCCACCCUACUGCACUAUGAGAACCUACCAUCAUUGCCUCCUGUGUGGGAGUGCCAGCCCCUAAGACAGGGCCAGGAUGAAGAGGACUCUGGUGAUGCAAUGACACCUUCCUCCACUGGUUAUCCAGAAAUUGAAGAAGAUGACCAUUUACGAAAUUACAUGAACUCAGAAAGGGUUGCCCUACAUGGAGGCAUGCGUAGGGGAGGUUGCUUGCAACGGCGCCGCAGUUGUACCCCGAGCGUUUUCAAUUUCGACUUCUGCCGGCCCUAUUUGGAGCAGCCCAGGCAGCUCAAUUAUAUCCAGGUAGAACUGCAAGAUGAUCCUUGUAAAGGGCGCCAAAGCAUACCAGUCCCCCAUAUCCCAUGUGCGGUUGCCCAUCCAGCCCACAGGACCAAUUCCUAUGCGGUCAUUGACCAUAAAAAGACAGCAGCCAUGUCCAGCUUACAGAGGGCACUGCCUAAGGAUGAUGGGACUUCCAGGAAAACACGACAUAACAGCACUGACCUGCCUCUGUAAGAAGAACAUUCAACCCAAGCACCUCAUUGUGGCUUUUGUAUCUGCUCUUCAACAAAUCAUGUUUCAUAACUGCCAUUUCCCCAUUGUGCCCCCCUGUUACUCUGUGUGAGUCACUGGAAUAGUUCCAUCAAGCUAAUUUAGGAAACGUAGCCUAUCUGUGCCUCUUCCGAGCCUCCUAUUCCUCUACCAUGUACUUUCUGAAGCCCUGUCAUGUGCUUGAUUACUUGACGGGGUUGAUGGCAGGGUGGGUAAUGGUACAGUUGGAGUGUGAAGGCUAAGGAAACUCAGUUUAAUUUUUGAACAUACACAAAAAAUAUUUAUUUUCAAAUUUUGCAUUAAUUUAUUUUUUCAGAGAUGCUGGUAUUUGUUUGUCUGUUUAUUUAUUUAUUCAAGUUAAAGUGCCCAGUAAAUGUAACACUGAAUUGCUUUGCAAUUAAUUCUUUUCUCCAUGAGAAUCAGAAAAGCUCGGGGGGGGGGAUUGUAUCAGUUUUUAAAACAAAUACAAGGCUAGCCACCAAAAGGCAAAACAGAGGAGGAGAAUCAGACUGUCAGAGAAAGUAAUCCAUGCAAGAAUGGUUCUAAAUCCAUGUGGUUCCAGGAGUGACUCAACAUGCUGCCAAAGCUGACCUUCCCAGCUCCAAUUUCUGACUGGUGGUGUAUCUCAUAAUAUGCCUCUCUUCACCCUCAGAGUAGGAAAAACUGUGGAACUAUAAAUUUCCCUAACAAAUCUUUGGUGAAUGUUUUUAACUGUUGCUGUUUGCCUAACAAUUUGGGAUAGUCUCUAAGAAGUUAAUAUUCUGAUGUUAUGGUACUACAAUAGUUUGCUAGAAUCACAUAAAAGCUUUCCUUCCUCCAUUUUACUUUAUUGCCUCAAAUUCAACACUCUAAUAUUGUCCCAGAUAUACUUUAAUAUGUCAGUGAAAUCCGGGCCAUUAUUUGCAAAUAAUUGAUUUGUGUGUGUGUGUGGAGGGUGGAACCGGAACAUUUUGAACAACCUUAAGGACAAGCAAAGUUUUGCUUAUUUGGGACUUUCACAUUUAUCUUAGGGUUAGUAAUAAACCUACAAUAGGGAGUAUACAUCUGGUGGCCAUAAUUUAUUUUGUGCAGCUUUUGGUCUUCUCAGAGAUGGCCCAUCCAGGAAUAACUCUGAUUUGUUCAAUCAGUUUAUUCUGCAAAUCUGUUCCACUGAAGCCAUUUUUAAAAUUCACUGUAUGCAAAACAAGCAUUAUAGAAUUGGGGAUUAGAGUUUAGUAGAAAGUUACCAUUUCUUUGUUUUCCUUUCCCAAUCUAUUAAGAACUGUCCUUAUCUAAUACAGUUUUUCAAAAUGCAUUUUGUUACUUAUUUAUUUUUGGAAAAUAGAGUGUUUACCUGUUUUGUUUUGAAUUUCUCUUGUAAUUCCAUCUCAAGGAGUUUUUCAAGUGAUAAGCUCAACAAAACCGAUCUAAAGUAUUCAUAAUUUGGAUAAAUAUUAAUUCUAACUUUUACAUAUGGAUUCACACCAUUAAAACCUUACCCAAAAAACAUAUUUGCAGAAGAAGGUUUAAAAACUGCUUGAAAUCAUGUUUAUUAUUGUUAAUUAUUGCUCACCAUAUAGUCAUGAAACACAUGCUUUGCAUGUAGAAUAUCCCACAUUUAAGCAGGAGUAAGAAUUUCUCAUCUGAAAUAUGAGGUAUUUCCUAUUAACAUAGAUGAUAGCGACUUAAAUGAUGAAUAUUAUGCUCCAGUGUGUCCUGUAUCUUUCAGUUUCUGUUCUACUAUUCCUCUGCAGUUCUACUGUAGACUCAUAACUAAAAGAGAGAGAAAAUACAUUAAAGGAACAAGAGAAGAAAUGGUUUCAUAGAGAAUUAAUCUUACUUCUGUUACAUAUAUUUCAUGUCACAGAGGAGUUUGUCAAUUAAUGCAUUUAGAUUUAGGACUAACUUUUAUAUGAUAACUGUAUAUACAGGAUGUGACCUGGGAAGUUUUGAAAGUGGCUGCUAUUCUAUAUGGUUUCAGUAUCACAAGCAGGUAUAAAAAUGUCAAAUUUCAGCAUUUUUUCCUCUAUUUCUUUCAUUGCAGUCUUAUGACCAUGUUCUAAAAUUCAUAGCUGUAAGGGGAAGAUAGACCGAUUUGGGUAGACAUCAAGAUUUCCUCACUGUGGCCCGUUGUCAUAUAGUUAGGAUCAUCAUGAAGGCAUUGAUUUGAUGAGUGAUUUUGUAUUAUUGCUGUAUAAAUUGGGCUAUUUCUGAUUUUAACCAGUUACUAUAAAUUCAUUUUGCUCAUUCAGCACUGCCUUUUUAAUUGUUGUGCAUAAUAGUUGUAAUUUAUUAGUAGACAUUAAAAUUAGGUGGUCUUUUAUGACCAUUGACCUUUGUGGUGUUCCAGUGUCUAAUCAAAAUCUAUUAGAAUUAAUAGAAGAAUUUCUCUGUCCCCUAUUUGUACUUUAGAUCAACUCAGUCCAAAUACAUCAUCAUCAACAUCAGAUUUUUAUUCUUCGGUUUUUAUAUAUAACUCAAGGUCCUCUAAUUUUCCUCACUACGCAUCUGUGAGGUGGAUUGGACUGAGAGGGAAUAACUGGCCCCAAACCACCCAGCUGGCAUUCAUGCCUAAGGGAAGACUAGAUUUCUAUUUUCUAGCCCAGUACCUUAACCACUACACCAGACUUGCUCUUGAGCUAUUAUGGGGAGUUUCAGUAUGCAGAAUUCAGUGUCAUCAUUUGCCUUGUCAUCAGCUUUAUUUCACAAAUCCACAUGUAGUUCAUUCUAGAACAUCAAAUGAAGGCUUCUAUAUAACUGGUGAUGAGAAAGCUGGAGUCCAGAGGACUCCAACAGCUUUAUGUCACCACUCAGUAGUGAUCACAAAGCUAGGUAGUCUAUUGAUCUAUCUUAAAUAUUCAGUUAAGAUGGGAAAAAUGGUCUUCCUUUAAGGUGUAAUGGAACUUAAAGGGUAAUUAAUUUAAAAAUGUUGAUUAGAAAGGAGGACGUGGGAUAAAAUAGGGAGCUCUCAUUCAAAUAUUAUGUUUACUCUGAGAGAUAUUUAAUGAAAACAAAGGACUUAGAAUACUUUCCGGUUGCUAUUGUCUCAGAGUCAGCUAAAAUUACACUUUUGUACCCUGAUGCCCUAGAAGUAUGCUUUAGUUUUAAGUGCUAAGAAAUGUGUUUACCAUGGUACAAUUAAAUCAGUGCCAAAAAUAAGUGUUUUAUCUAAUUGAGCCACUAUAUGGUUUCACUGUUUGACUUGGUUUAGUGUUUGGAUAUAGCCAUUUUGGUUUUUAAAUCAGGUUUAUGGCUUAGUGUACUCUAUGAAUUGAACCAGUUUCGGCUUAGUUACUAAGCCAUAUUUAAACAGUAACUUAUUGUGUUAUGUGGCUCUUUCCAUUGAAUGAGAUGAAAUGAAACAUAUGAAGCUGGUUGCCUGCUAAUGUCUUUUUGCAGUUUACAUCCAUUCCUCAUUUAAUCGCUAAAUAUGUUCAAUGCACUGUACCUUAUUUUAUUACUAUUUAUUACUGUUAUCUUUCAGAUACCUUUAAGGAGCAUUUUCUAAUGUGUCAAGAAUGGUGCUUUUGCCAAGCCUUUGUGAAGGAUAGAAAAGUUCCAACUGGUAGAGAUUCUUAAUAGGCAGAUGAAAAGCAGAAAUGCAGUUGAUGUACUAACUAGCCUCUCAUAGAGUCAGACUGAUAGCCCCCAUCAACUUUCAGGGGAACAGGCUGAUUGAAUUGGUCCACUGCAAGCACCUGAUGGAUCGUUUUGGUUUCUAAUGGUGUUUGGGUAGUGACCUAACAGGCAGCUAGCUCUUUGUGGCAUUUGUUCAAAUCUGUCUAAUGAUAGUAAUAUUUUUUUAUUAAUACUUUUGUUAAUAGUAUUUAUUCGUUUUAAUGGCUUGGUUUUUUUUGAGUAUUUUAUAAGUGUUUUAUUGUGUUUGUUGUAAGCUGCCUAGAGUUGUGAGAACAGGGCAGCAUUCUAAUAGUGGUAAAUAAAUAGAUAAAUAAUUGUUCAGCAAUCCAGAGUCUCCUUUACAGGGGUGCUUGCACUGUUCCUUCAUCAGCUCUGCAUCCACAUGAUCGCACCUUGACAUUACUGGGGGAAACAGAGCUGAUUAAUUCUGAGCUCAGCAGCAGGGCAGGAGGAAGUGCUGCAGAUGCUGAAACUGAAGUGAUAGAGCUGAGAGGUGGGAAAUUUUCCUUUAAUGGGAAUUCUUGGGUCAUCUGGUUCCUGAGUUUUCCAUUCUUCCUGAUUGGGUUAAGGAACUAUGGCACUACAGUGCCUUUUUAUCAGUCUUAAAAUACAUAAAGAGGCAGUUUUGUAGCUGCCAUCCUUGUAGCUGAUCUUAUUUUUAUAUGUCAACAGAAACUGUGUGAAGUUUGAGUGAGGGAGUAAGUGCAUUGUCUGGCAACAUUUUUUUUUUUUUUGCACUCUCCCAUUGGUGCAAUUGCCAAAAUGCUGGCAGUGAAUUUCAGGACACUGAAUUCCUGGGGGUGAUGUGCACAAAAACAAUUUCUGAUAUUCUCAAUAGAAGUUUGCUCUUAUUCUCACCUGCUAUAUGUGUAGCAUUAUAUUUAACACUGCGCAAGCAGGCAAAAGUAAAAAUGACUUCUCUGGCAAUAGUUACAAGCCUCACAGAGUUGGAGAGUUGAUAAACAUGAUGCUUUCCUAUCUCUGAAUAUAAUAUGCUCAGCAAUUCAUAAAAUUAUUUAUCUGCUUUUAAUUGUGCAAUUGGAAAGAAUCUGGUGCAAUUGGAAAGAAUAAUUCAGCAAGUUCCAUAAUAAAUUGCUAUUCAAAACAACCACUACUUCCAAACUAAUUUGGAUAUUGCCCUUUUUUCCCCUCAUGAAAAUUCCAAGCCAUUAACAACCAUCACAGUCAAAAACCUAGCACAUUUCUAAGCUUAGCUGUGCUGUUGUUGCAGUAGCUACCAGGUGUAGCUACAUAUUGAACCUUUCUAGAGAAAAAAAUAAUAUGUGAAUUUAAAGUAGAGCCAUGUUUUAUUGCAUCUGUAACAUUUCCAUAUUAGUCAUCUUUUAGGAUCAGCACAUUAAAUAUAGUUUGCAGUCAAGGGACUGUGGUAGCCUAAUUUUCUUUAGGCUUCAGUGUCAAAAUGAGGUACUUAAUUCUCUUGGAUACUUAAAGUAAAAUAGAUCAUUAUCUAUCAUCAUAGCCCCUUUUAAAUACAUUGUCAAUGAGUAUGUGUCUAUUUACAGCUACAGUCCAUCCAGCAGCUUUUAAAGUUUAGGGCAGGCACUGUAAACUCACUGAAUGGAAUAAUGACAAUGGAAUACCUACUCAUCUCUCAAGGGCAUUAUGAAGAUUAAGGUUUGAGUAUCAUACAUGCCAAGAAACAUUAGUACUGUACUGAAUUUACUUUGCACGUCAAAUGGAAUCCCAUAUUAGUUGUGUUUAGUGUGAAAGGGCAUUACCUCUAACCCAAUUCCCCAAUUCCUUAGCGGCUCAUAAUGGUUAUCCAUAUCUUCUGAUUGGUCUCUGGGGAAUCUUGUUAUACAUAAGAUAAUAGGCUUUAUUUAUGUUUUAAUAUUUCUUUAAAAGCUUUUAUAGUUUUAAGUUCUUCCAUGAGAGUUCAUCUUUUCAAGCAUUUUGGAUUUUAUAGAAGCAGGGAACUGUUGCCUCUUUGCCUAGUGAUAGAAGAAUGUGAAUGUGCCCCCAUUUUCCCAUUAAGGGGAGGUAGGGAAGAGACAACUCUAUAUAGUAAUAUGUAACCAGCUUAUGACGAUAGUUUUAUUUUCCUGGAACUUUAAGUCCACAGAUUUAUGAAAUACUUGAAAUGUUGCAAACGGUCCUGUUCUUGAAUUAAUACUAAAAAGUAACCAAAUUGGAGCGUGGGAUUGUGAGACAACAACUUUCAGUGGAUAGAUUUCCCCACCGCCCCGUAAUUCAUUUUGAAAAGCCUGGCUAUAGCUAGGUAGAUCUCAAUGUCUUACAUUGUGCAGUUUUCUUCAUUGUUAUUUGUACUGAUGAUUUUGCUGAUUGUUUCUGUCCUGGCAGAAAAACAAGGGUAUGGGGGGAUGCUCAGUUGUUCUGGCCAUAGAAGUUGCUUUGUGAUUUUUAUUCAGUGGUUUCUGCUGUGUAUCUCUGUUAAUUCCUAUUUGUAUCUUAUCCUGUGUAGCCUUCAAAGUGAAGAGCAUUAGCAGUGCCAUGUGACUGAGGAGCACUAAUAUCUUAUGUUAAUGUGCACAACGAAUGUAUCUCAAAUAAAUUAAUUCUGAUGCUUA